UCAUUUUCUAUGCGCCGGAAGUGACCGUUCCUGAGCCGGUGCGUGGUGACAACGACCGCCUGGGGUUGGCGCCCGCGAAGUUAGACCGAGCCGGGACCGUGUCGGACGGCGAGGUGACAGACCUCUGCGGGCCCCAGUGAUAAUGGCGGUGUUUCACGACGAGGUCGAGAUCGAGGACUUCCAAUAUGACGAGGACUCGGAGACGUAUUUCUACCCCUGCCCUUGUGGGGAUAACUUCUGCAUCACCAAGGAAGAUUUGGAGAAUGGAGAAGACGUGGCAACGUGUCCUAGCUGCUCUCUCAUUAUAAAAGUGAUUUAUGACAAAGAUCAGUUUAUGUGUGGAGAAACAGUACCAGCCCCUUCCACCAACAAAGAAUUAGUUAAAUGCUGAAGAAGACUUUAGGAAUCCAAAUCCUGAACAUUUGGGAAUGCGCCAAGCUGGAAAAAUCAAAUGCGUAGUUACUGGCUUCUUCAUGGGACAACCCUUUUGUAGUUUGCCCUUCUGUUAAAGUGUGGAUUCUUUCCAUCGGCUGCUGAGUUCAUCUCCAAUUAAAGAAUUUAGUCCACGACAUGACAUACCUGGGUUUUGUGCUUAGAACUUCGAAUUGGAAGUGCUCUUAGUUUUGCAUCUGGAUUUAAAGGAAGACAAUUUCAAAUCAGUACUUUCUUUCCUUCAGUUUUGUUAUUUUUACAUCUUAACACCUGCUUCAUUAUCUGAAAACAGCAUCAUCUACCUCAAAGUCAUUAGGAUUCCUUAAUAAAAUAAGGGAUUUUAUUUUUGA